AUGGCAGACGAACCUUGCCAUUGUCGAGUCUUCCACCUAGACUGCGAUCCGUCCACGUGUCAACAGGCCAAGCACGUCUCAUACCAACACGCGCCCUCGCCUUCCCUCAGAGACCUCCGCAAAAGCGCUGGUCAGGGAUGUCAAACUUGCGCUACGGUCGUCAGCGCUAUGCUGGUUCCCGAGGUCAGGACGGCGUGGAGAGCCCUCAUAGCACCUGCUCUGGAGGGCGGCCGGGAUGGGGUGAUUCGGGAACUUGCUCAUGACGAAGAUGCCAUCGAGUUUGACUUCGACCCUCCGAAAACUGUUAAUGGCCGGAGGGUGAUUCGAGCGCGGGCGUCGGAUAAUGCUGUGGACUGGAUGAACUUCAACUUGUGGAGGGAACCGUCAGUUGCAGAUGGGCCGGAACCGCACUGCAAAGCUAUCAGCACGCUGAACUACCAUCCCACUGUCAACACCGACUCGCCGGAAACCCUCAGUCAACUAAAGGCUUGGAUUGACGCCUGCAACCACAAACACGCUUGCUUCGAUGACACGGCCUCAAAGUUACCGACACGUGUUGUCCAAGUCAAGGAUAAUCAAGUCAGAGUAAUCAGCAGGCCUGGACAUUUAGCUCGAUACACGACGCUAAGUCACAGGUGGGGAGAACACGAGCACUUCGUCUUGACCAAGACCAACACAGACACCCUAAGCCAAGACAUCCCCUGGGAUUCCAUCCCUAAAACCUAUCAAGACGCAAUCUGGGUGACUCGACAACUCGGCAUAGACUACAUUUGGAUAGAUACUCUGUGUAUCGUCCAAGACGACCCUGAUGAUUGGCAUAGAGAAUCAGUCCAGAUGAAAACGGUCUACGGACAGUCAUAUCUGAAUAUCGCAGCCAGUCACGGAAACAACUCAAACGCCGGCCUCUUCGUCACAAGAAACAUGCCUCAGAAGUACCCAGCAUACAGCGUCCCCUCAGCUCCUGAUAUCCUCGUUCGACAACAACCCUACAGGACACAUGGAGACUUCGGCAGCAACUAUUCAUCACAUUUCAAAUGGCCUCUCCUGAAGAGAGGAUGGGUCCUCCAAGAACGUCUCCUCUCCCCACGCGUCGUUUACUUCGAUACGGAAGAACUGAAGUGGGAAUGCUUCAGCGCAGCGGACUGCCAAUGCGGUGGCAUCGUAUCGAUGUGGAACUUCAAAAUGGACUACACCGGCUCCGCGCUCCGGGGCCAGACGCCGCUUCCGUUCGAGUGGAUGCGCAUCGCGGAGGUGUACUCCAACCUCGACCUCACCUUCGACGAAGACCGCGCCGUCGCUCUUUCAGGUAUCGCGGGACAGGCGGCUAGGUCCAAGCGUGGAGGCCGCUACCUCGCCGGGGUGUGGGAGUCGGCGCUUGCGCACCAGCUUUGCUGGGAGAUCUAUAAUACUCACCGGAGACCAGCGAGGUACAUCGCUCCGAGCUGGUCUUGGUUGUCUGUGUUUGGGUCUGUUGGGAAUUUCAACAGGAUGGACUAUGACAUGACUUCGGUUAUCGACGUUGAAAUCACUGAGGUGGAAUGCGUCACUGCCGAUGGGACGGAUGAGACGGGGCCUUUGGUCAGCGGGUAUAUCAAGUUCAACGGGCGCUGCGUCGAGAUGUGUGCCGAGUUGGUUGAUCCUGGGUCUGAGGGAGUACCGCCGACGUAUGCCCUCACGAACAAGGAAACUGGGGAAGGCAUGGAUGGCUAUCAGAUUGAGAUGGACUACAUGAUGGAAGAGGAAGAAGCUAGAGAGGUUAAUGAGGUCUUGGUUGUUUACUGGGGAGACAUGUGGCCUGACCGAAACAACUUCUUGGUGUUGAGGCCGAUUCCUGGACGAGAGCGGACGUAUGAGAGAUUUGGCAUCUAUUGGUAUGAUAGGCGUGACGAGAGUGAGGAGCUGGAUCGGAUGUUACGAUGGUGUAAGCCUGCUACCGAUAUAGUAUUUAUCUGA